GACAAGAGUGUAGAGAGAGGAACGGUUUUUGAGAGAGAUGGCUGGUGGGUUGUUGUGGGCAACAAGGGCCGCUUCAUAUUUGAGGAUCUCAGUGCCCUUCAGAGCCUUUUCUUCUGUUGUUAAGGAUUUGAAAUAUGUUGAUUCUCAUGAGUGGGCCAAAGUUGACGGAAAUUUAGCAACCAUAGGGAUUACCGACCAUGCUCAGGAUCAUUUAGGUGAUGUUGUGUAUGUGGAACUGCCUGAAGUUGGAGCCAAUGUUUCACAGGGUGGCAGUUUUGGUGCUGUUGAGAGUGUCAAAGCAACCAGCGACAUCAACUCCCCUGUUUCGGGCAAAGUGGUUGAAGUCAAUGAAGAACUCAGCAGCUCUCCAGGUUUGGUUAACGGGAGCCCGUAUGAGAAAGGGUGGAUCAUAAAGGUAGAGAUCAGCAACCCAAGUGAGCUCAACUCCUUGAUGGACUCAGAGCAGUACUCCAAGUUCUGUGAAGAAGAAGAUGCAAAGCAUUGAGCUAUCUCAACCGGUAUAUCGACCCAGUUGAAAGGUACCCCAUAAGCAGAGGGUUGUCCUCCAUCCUUUUUCCUUUCAGCAAAUGUUCUCUAAUGCCAUGAUAGCCACAUGGUUUCCAUGUUUUUACUUAUUCUUCAUUUUGAUUUGAAUUGUUGAGCAUAGACCUAAAUGUUUUCCUUUGAUUCAAGUCUGCUCUAGUAAUGCUGUUUCAGCUGUGUUAUGAUAAAUCAUCUUUCCUUUCUUAGAACUCACUAGAGAUGUGAGAAACAAAGAGAAUGUGUAUAAACGAAAACAAUCUUAAAGAUUAGAAAUCCAUGGCAAAAUAUAAAGGCUAUGUUUGAUUGAUUG